ACCAAAUAAGAAUUCUCCUGGAUGGAAGACUAAUGAAAGCCAAAUUGAACUUUUGAAUAAGGGGUUUGGGAUGGUAGGGAAAAAUCCAAAUGAACCGUACGGUCUAGUUAAAAAUCUGAGAACCGACUAUUUUUUUAUAACCAGUCCGGUUUGAAGGAGUUUUUUUUUUUUGUUUAAUUGGAAUUUUAGGGGAAAAAAAAAGAUACCAAAACACCCAAUACCCCCAUUUCCAUUCCUGUAAUCCUAAUCCCCCAAAAGGUAACCCUAACCUCACGUGACGGCGGCACCAUAGUCGGAAGCUAACCUCACAUCACCGCCACACCGCCACACCGCCGGCCGUGUCGUGUUGUUCGUGUCAACGAAUACCGUGCGGCUUCAAGGAAUUCACCUGCACCGCGGCUCCCUCGUCUUCAUCGUGGCUUCUCCUUGCUCCGUGGCUCCUUGCGCGGGAUCGUCGUCACCGUAGUAGCGUCGUCUCCGUCGUGUGCGUCCUCAACUCGGCCGGAGUCGUGUGCGUCCUCAACUCGGCCGGAGUAGUUGGUUGUCUCUGUCUUCUGCUUCCUCUGCUAUGUUGGACAGGUAAGGGAGUGCCAGUGGAGGAUGACAUCGAGUAGCAGCAAGGCGGAAGACCCGUGGAAAUGGAACGUGGCGAUGGUCGAGAUGUUUUCGCAGGCGCAAACCGAUUAUGCAGACGAGGGGGUAUGUAUGCGAUUUUAUCUAGUUCGCCAAGAAUGAAUAGGAUUGGUGGUGAGGUAUUGAGGUGUGAGAAUACAGUUGUGAGCAACAUGUAAAGAUUUAUUGUUAACUAGGUUGUUUAAUGAGGCAUUGCCGCUGUGUAGGUAGUGGGAAGGUAACAUAGCUGUAGGUGUUUUUAUUUUUGUGGCUCAUAGAUGGACAACGUGAGGGUGCUUGUUGGUUGAAAUGUGCCAUGACAAAUUUUUUGGUAUUAAAGAAUGGUUUAGGGACACUGAGGAGUGGUUAUGACUGGGUUAAUUAUGUUGCAGGUGAAGUUGUUAAGUUUGUAGGCAAGUUAUUUCAUCCUAAUUCAUUUUAUAAUUUUCAUUUCUCGUGAAACCAAUCUUUUAUUAAGAAGUUCAAAAUCCAGAAGAACUAAAUUUACGGUGGUUAGCGAAUUGAGCCAUCAUUAUUGUGGGUGAUAUGCCUUUGGAGAAAAAAGAUGCAGGAAAGUAAGUAAACAUGGAAAGACAUUUAUAGAAGAUGGAAACGAAAAGAGAGAAAAGAAUGAGUGAAUGUGUUGAUUCCCUGAAGCCUUGUUUGACCUGGGCACUGACCGUGAAGUUGUGGUUGGAGAUUUGGACUGCAAUAAUGAGGGGGCGUCGGUUGGAUAUGUAGAUAUGGGUGGGCUUAGAUCAGAAGACGUUCUUCUAAUGGAAUUUAACACGCCUGAGGAGGCAAGAGGUUUCUAUAAUAACUAUAGCCGCAUUAAGGGGUUUGCAACAAGACAAGGAAAGAAGGUAAGAAAUAUUGUCGGAGACAUUGUGAGGUAUACUUUUGUCUGCAACAGAGAGGGGUUCAGAGAGAAGAAAUGGUUGGAGAAGACUGAUAGAAAGAGGGAGCAUAAAGUGGUAACUCGCUGUGGUUGUGUGGCCGAGAUGAGGAUUAAGAGGAAAGACGGUUGCGGAAAGUGGUAUGUCUCGCGAUUUACCGAUGAGCACAAUCAUGAGCUUCUGCCGGGAAAGUUUGUUGAUUUCUUGAGAUCACACAGGAAAAUUUCAGAGGUUGAGAUUGCUCAUUUAACCAGCAUGCGGGAUAUAGGAAUUAGCAUUCCGAAGAUCUAUGAAUCGUUUGCAGCCCAGCUUUGUGGCUUCAACAUGGUCACGUUUACGAAGCAAGAUAUGUAUAACGAGGUGAGGAGACAAAGAGCAUUGCAGGAUGGAGAUGUAAAUGCGGCCAUUCGGUUCCUAGAUGGUGUUGGUCGUGUUGAUGGGAAGAUGUUUUGGAGGCAUAGAUUGGGUCCUGGACAACACUUGUGCGACUUGUUUUGGAGUGAUGGGCGCAGUCAGUAUGAUUAUGGGGUAUUUGGUGAUGUGCUGGCAUUCGAUGCGACCUACGGGAGGAACAAAUAUAAUCUACCCGUAGUGGUAUUUUCCGGGGUUAACCAUCACAACCAGACGUGCGUAUUUGCCACGGCUUUAGUGUCAUGCGAGUCACAGGAAUCUUAUGUUUGGGUGCUUGAACAAUUUUUGGAGUGCAUGGGGGGUGUAGCACCUAAGUCGGUAAUCACCGACGGGGAUCCAGCAAUGCGCAUAGCUAUUCAAAGGAUUUUUCCUACUGCUCAUCACCGGUUGUGCGCGUGGCAUCUUCUUCGGAAUGCGACGUCAAAUAUUUGUGACCCACGAUUCACGCAACUUUUUAAGCAUUGCAUGUUGGCAGACAUCGAGAUAGACGAAUUUGAGGUGAUGUGGGAGGCAAUGGUUGAGGAGUGUGGCGUGAGGGAGGUUGAAUGGGUACAGGAGUUGUAUAGGAAGAAGUAUUCAUGGGCAACUGCUUAUAUUAGAGGAAGAUUCUUUGCGGGGAUUAGAACAACUUCUCGGUGCGAGUCUUUGCAUGCCAAACUGGGACGGUUUGUGGAAAGCAGGUAUGGCGUGAUUGAAUUUGUGACGAACUUCCAGAGGUGUGUGGAUUUUCUUAGAGACAAUGAGGAUGAGAUGGAAUUCCGUUCGUGCUACGGGACUCCGGUCUUGCAAACUCAGUUCAUAGAGUUAGAGAAGUUUGGUGCGACACGAUUCACGCGGGAGAUGUUUUGGAGAUAUCGUGAGUCGCUAAAUCGGUGUGUGCGGGUGAGGAUAAACGCUUGUGUUGAGAUAGAAGGUGGCCAAACUUUCACUGUCCAGAAGUACCGCAAACCAGGAAUGACAUGGCAGGUUAAGCACGAGAAUACAACGAACACCUUCACGUGCUCCUGUCUGAGAAUGGAGUCCUUUGGGCUCCCAUGUGUACAUAUACUAGCUGUUCUGGUGCAGCUUGAUGCUGUCGUUAUUCCUGAUACCCUCGUGCUGCGACGGUGGUCGAAGACAGCAAAGAUCGACAUGGAUCUGGAGAAGUUCCGGUGUCCGUCUGGGGAACCGUCGACAAUUUACCGUACUAGGUUGGGUGCAUUCUCACAAUUGUGUAAGAGGCUCGGAAGGGUUGCUUGCAUGAGCGAUGAGGACUUCAAGGACAUUUCGCAGAAGGUUGUGAACGACACGUUAUCUUUGGAAAUGAAGUAUGGACUUCGAGUGGACAAUCCCGUGUCAAAUGAACCGCAACGAGGAGGAGUUAAGGAUCCAGUUCGUGUGAGAACCAAAGGGACUGGACGUGGCAAUCAAGCGUCUCCAUCAACCGGUAGGAAGCGACGGAAAUGCAGCAGCUGCGGAGGAUUGGGCCAUCGAAGGACUAGGUGCCCAGGUGUGGGUGCAUCAGGGACAACCGGCGUUGAACUUCAUGAAGUGGCAGGCACUAGCGCCCAACCGGUUCCGGCAGAUGAUCCGCCGGAGCAGAGAAGGUCAGGAAAAAGGACAUGCAACCUUUCGGAAACCUAUCCCAGCUCCCAUGAUGAAGACACCAACCCAUUGAUUAAUAUUUAUGACUGCUUGGUGGACAGCAACAGGAAGAAAAACAAAAUUGUAAAAGAAUGAAAAUGAAGAAAAUAAGGGUUAAGAGAAGCUCUGAUUCGUGCAAUUUUAACUAUGUUAGACAUUAUUGUGACAUGUGCAUGUGUGACAUGAUAUAUACAUGUUCAUAUCUUUUUUAUAUUCGAGUUAAUUAUAUGAAUGAUAAGGGGGAAAAAUUUUGCAA